CGCGCCACUGCUGGCGCGCCGCCUCCGCCGGCGGCGACGUCUGGCUACUCUUGCACUCUCUGCCAGGAGGUCGCCAGGGCGCCCUUCUCAGAGCGGUUCCCCGCCACCUGGGAGCCGCCGACGAGCUGCGACGCCUGCGGCGGCGCGCUGGGCCGGGAGCUGACGGCCUACACCGCCACCGCCGGCUCCACCGAGGUGUGGCUGCUGGAGGGCGACGAGGCGCACCCCGGAAACGGCUUCUUCUGCGGGCGCUGCCAGGCGCGGCUGCGCGGGGGCCAGACGCUAGACUGCGCGGCAGCCCUGGGGGCGCAGGCCGCGCAGCGCUGGCGGGAGCCCGUGGACUGGGCGACGCGGCUGGCCGCGCUGGGG